CACGCGACGCGACAUCUUCAACCAGGCUAUAUAACAGAGUGUUCCACGUCCAAAACCAUCCUUCUCCUCCUUCGUGACCCUUUCAGCUUGCCCAUCGCGAUGUCGACGUCUACCCGGGAUGCGCUCUGUGCAGCGGCCGAGACACGCUUGGGGCAGACUCGCCAGGAGCCACGCGGUGAACUGUACAAGGACUGGGACGAGGAGAAUCCGCGUAGACAGCAGCUUAGGCGGAUGAUCGAUAAGGGCAUCAUUGAGCGGAAUGGUAGAGAUCCUGCCAUAGCCUCGAUGCAGACUAUCAAGAAGCUGGCGCAGAAUAUAUUGAAGGAACCGGAGAACCUUGAGCGGCAGAGAGUGAAGAGGACGAAUGAUGCCGUCAGGCGCAAAAUCAUCGAGCCCAAGGGCGCGUUGGAGUUUAUAAUGGAGCUCGGCUUUCGCGAGAAGGUGGAGGAUUUCACACCAUACUUGAUCUUUCAGAAACAGUCUCUGCCAGAUCUGAAGCUUGGCUUGACCCUGCUCGAAGAGGCACUCGAACGCGAGCUGCCGAAGAAAGAGGCGGAACAGCGUGCACUGGAAAACGCCAAGAGAGCAGAGGAAGAGGCGAAGGAAAAGGCGUUGUUGCGGAUCAAGGAUGAUCGUCAGAAGGUGAAGCAGCGCGUUGCACGCGAGGCAGCCGCUCGUCACUCCCGGUUCUCCGUGCCUCCAGAGGAAUCAGCUACUCCGGGAUCACCGAGCACCGUCAAGCCCGUCUCGCGCGGAUACACCCUCGAUGGCCGGAUAGUGUGAGGCGUUGAAGGCGCUGCGAGCGGUCAAAUAAAGCCUACAGGUGAUAUAGGACUGUCGCGCGUGCCUAGGAAUCAGAGCUUCCUCGAAGCGCACGGCAUGACUAGAUCCCCUGUACACCCAUACCGCCCGCAUUCGGCUCACCUAACCUGCAGCUGAUAGAUCGGCCAUGAUGUUAGAACUUGAAGUGUAUUCCGCAAUGCAUAUCAUAACGCAC